AACAGCUUCUCCGCAAAGAGCAUGCCUACAACAACUGUCCCUCUCCGGCCACUGUAGCUGUAGCCGCAGAGCUUGCUGGGAUUUGUAGUUUCCUGUUCUUCCCAGUGUCUCCCUGUCAUGGCUGCUUCCAGCUAGGGAGAAGGUGGCCAGGUUGUGCUUUGGAAUCAGCAGGGCCCUGUGGGAGGUGUGCAGCUGCUAAGGACAAAAAAGUGUUUGGUGUGUGACAGUACCGGUUGUAGAAGCACCACUUGUAAAGGCUGAGGAGCCACAGAUUUGUGAGAAUUGUACAAAAGAUGAGUAGUUAGGGCCAGGGAGAAGAGAUUACCUCCCUGGCUGUUUGAUAUGCUAUGAAUGUGAAAUGAGUAAGAAGGAAGCAAGUUCCUCAAUUUCUUUUUUUUUAAUGUAAGUUGCAAGAUGCAAGAACCUGCAUCCCAAACGCGUCACCCUUUGCAGUCAGAAGAAGUCGGUUUUGAUCCGCUACAGAGUGAUAUAGGAAAACACAAUGAAGAAAUAUUCGUGGAUGAAAAGCGAUCUAAUCUAGUCUCCAGUCCAGAACAAAUCUUCAUAUCAUACAGCAAAGAAUGGGAAGAACUUUUUGUAAACAGCAAUUAUUUGGCAACGAUACGUCUGAAAGGGAUUAAUGGGCAGCUGAGAAGCAGCAGGUUCCGGAGUGUUUGCUGGAAGCUGUUUCUAAAUGUUUUACCCCAAGAUAGAAGCCAAUGGAUAAGUAAAACGGUGCAGUUAAGAACACGAUAUAAAAAGAUUAAGGAAAUACAUAUUACAAAUCCCCGGAAAGCUGCUGGACAGCAAGACUUAAUGAUAAAUAAUCCACUGUCACAGGAUGAGGGGAGCCUGUGGAAUAAAUUUUUUCAAGAUAAAGAACUCAGAGCAAUGGUUGAGCAAGAUGUUAAAAGAACGUUUCCUGAAAUGCAGUUUUUCCAGCAGGAGAAUGUGAGAAAAAUCCUUACCGAUGUACUUUUCUGUUAUGCAAGAGAAAAUGAACAUUUGCUUUAUAAGCAGGGAAUGCAUGAACUGUUGGCGCCAAUAGUAUUCAUACUACACUGUGAUCACCAGGCGUUUAUGCACGCAAGUGAAGCUGCACAACCAAGUGAAGAAAUGAAAGUUCUAUUAAAUCCAGAUUACCUAGAACACGACGCCUAUGCCUUGUUUUUAAACCUUAUGGAAAGUGCAGAGCCUUGGUUUUCCACAUAUGAACAAGAUUCCCGCAAGGGGAAAGACGCAAUGCUAUCCACCAUGCCAUUUGCCAGGCCCCAGGACAUUGGGCCGUCUAUUGUUAUUGUGACAAAGGUGAAUCACAUCCAAGACCAGCUGCUGAAGAAACACGAUAUUGAGCUGUACAUGCAUCUUAACAGACUGGAAAUCGCUCCGCAGAUCUAUGGAUUACGAUGGGUGAGACUUCUGUUUGGCCGAGAAUUCCCAUUGCAGGACCUCCUUGUUGUGUGGGAUGCUCUAUUCGCUGACAGUAUCAUGCUAGACCUGGUGGACUAUAUUUUUGUAGCCAUGCUGUUAUACAUUAGGGAUGCAUUAAUCUCCAGCAACUAUCAGACAUGCCUGGGUCUCCUAAUGCAUUACCCACCCAUCGGUGAUGUUCACUCUCUCAUUCUCAAGGCUCUGUUUCUGCGAGACCCAAAGAAAAACCCGAGGCCAGUAAGUUAUCAGUUUCACCAAAAUUUAGACUACUACAGAGCACGUGGACUUGAUCUCAUGAACAGAUCUCGUGCGAACACCAAGAUUGCACCCAUUAAUAUAAACAAAGUAUCCAGCAGUUUAAUUAGUUUUGGACGGAAGCUAAUCGGCCCAGCCAUCCCUACUGGGGGAGCAAUGAAUCCUAUGACAUCGCCAUCAAACACUAACAUAAUUCAUAGUGGUAGAAGCACCAGUGUUUCAGCGGAUUUUCCCUCUGAAGCUGCUAUUGAGCCCACUCGUUCUUAUGCCCCGCCACCUCAGCCAAUGCAGCACAAUCAGCGUAUGAUGAAGUCUGAGAGCAUGCCAGUGCAGCUUAGUAAAGGUCAAGGCUCCAAGAACAUGACUUCAUCUCCCAGCAUUGAGAGUUUGCCCGGAAGCCAUGACCACACAGAUUCUCCUCCUCUCUCAGCAGGGAAGAAAGAUUCCUUCUUCAGCAACAUCUCCCGCUCUCGUUCUCUCAGCAAAUCCCAAGGAAAACGUGAAUCUGAAGAAGAUCUUGAAGCUCAAAUUUCAUUCCUCCAAGGACAACUAAAUGAUUUAGAUGCAAUGUGUAAAUACUGUGCAAAAAUAAUGAAUACUCACCUCGGUCACAUUCAAGAUGUUGUUUUACAAGAAAAGUUGGAAAGAGAAGAUAAAAUCCAGGUGUCUCUAGCAGUACUGAAACAGGUAAAAGACAUAUUAAAAGGAUCGCUGCGUUUCAACCAAAGCCUUCUUGAGGCUGAAGAAAAUGAGGAAAUUACAAUCACUGAUGAUCAUUACUGCACCAGAAUGCAAGGAGAACAGGGGGGCGACGGCUUCCUCAAGGAGAUGGAACAGUCAGAACGUCAUAAACCAGUACAGUCAGAGGAGGCUGAAGAUGCCAUAUGUGGAAAUACUGAGAGCCGGAACUCAGAUGAUUAUAUUCUGAUCCCCAAGGAAGAUGAAAGCAGUAGCUUUGCUGCGGAGCCUGAGCCGCCACAGACACUGCAGCAACAUAAGGGUGCAGCAGAGAAGACAGAAACGCCUUCCCACAGACUGACCUUCUCAGACCCUCUAAUGGGGGGAACCCCACCCUCCAGUAACCUCAGUUCUAGCCCAGAUGACGACAGCAGCAACAACAGCAAGGAUUCUGAUUUCACCAUAGUUAACCCACUAGACAUUUAACUUGUCUUUUUUUUUUCUUUCUUUUCCGUUUUUUUUAAGAUACUUUGUAAAAUGAGGAAUUUCCUCCGUGUACUAUGACACAUGUAGGGAUUACUUUUGUUACAUAUGAGCAGCAGGAAAUACCAAUCCUGCUCAUUUAUGCAAGCUGUUAUCCAGAGCACAAGUAAUAGACGUUACUGAGAAUAUAGCCAUUGUCAUUAUUGCCUUACAUGUAUAUCUACUACAAGUGUAUAUCUGCUGGAUUCUGUAUGCUACGUCCGGCCUAGCUUCCCCCUCUAACACAGGCACCUUAGCUCGCUGUCCAGCUGGCAUACCAUUGAGUGGCAGCUGGGACUUACAGUUCCACAGCAAGCUGAAGAGCCACAUGUUGUCUAACCAAUGCUUUACUUGAAUUUGGUGAGAUAGAUACUUAUAAGUGCUACUGAAAAUAAUAUUUGCAUUAUGCCAGCAGAAGUAUGCAUUAAUAAAAAUAAAUCACAACUA